AUGGACCUCAUACGAUACUUGCUCGUGUUCGUCCUACUCCUCGUUGAGUGCUGCGAUGGAUUGUCGUGGUUAUCACUGGGUCUCGCCACGUCGAGAAUUGAGAGAAGCAAACCUGGAAACUCUUGCAAAUCGCUGAAAGGCCUCACGAGAAGGCAGAUGAGAUUUUGCAAAAAGAAUAUUGAUCUAAUGGAUAGUAUUCGUGGCGGAGCCCUAGCCGCACACGCCGAAUGCCAAUACCAAUUCCACAAACGUCGAUGGAAUUGUACCCUCAUCGAUCCGGUUACCUACGAGGUGAUAAGUGAUGUUUUCCUGAAUGAGAACACCCGAGAAUCGGCAUUUGUUCACGCGAUUUCAUCAGCAGCCGUCGCUUAUAAAGUGACUCGUGAUUGCGCGCGCGGAAUCAGCGAUCGAUGUGGUUGUGAUUAUUCGAGAUCGACUAAUACCGCGAGAUCCGAUUAUAUGUAUCAAGGAUGUUCAGACAAUGUCAAAUUUGGAAUUGGAGUUUCGAAAGAGUUUGUGGAUGCUGCUGAAAGAAAACCGGUAUUUUCAGAAAUCGCCCAUAAUUCGAGCAGGCCGAUACCUGAGAAUGUGCAUGUCAUCAAUUUGCACAACAAUCAAGCCGGACGGCAAGUCUUGGAGAAAGCGCUUCGGCGCGAAUGCAAAUGUCAUGGAAUGAGCGGUUCAUGCGAAAUGAAAACUUGCUGGGAUUCACUUCCUCCAUUUAGAGAAAUUGGCAUGAAUAUUAAAGACAAAUUCGACGGAGCUGCCGAAGUCAAAGUUGUGAAGGAUGAUGCACAAGAGAAGCCGAAGAUCGUGAUGAAACAUUCGCAAUUCAAACGGCAUACUAGUGCCGAUUUGGUGUAUAUGACGCCAUCUCCCGACUUUUGCGAAGCGAAUCCGGCGAGGGGAAUAUUUGGAACGAAAGGAAGACAAUGCACACAAUCGCCGAACGCUAUUGAUGAUUGUAGUCUGCUCUGCUGCGGUCGGGGAUAUGAGAAGAAGGUUGAAAUAAUCGAUGACAAAUGCAAUUGCAAAUUCCAUUAUUGUUGCCGAGUCGAAUGCGAUCCAUGCCAGAAACGCGUCGAGAAAUUCUUUUGCUUGUAA